AUGAAGGUAGAAAAGAAAAAUUCAGACCAAACCCUGAAAUAUGGACGGCAUGAAAAGCUUGGCAGAAGCUUGCGACGAGGGCUCGAAGCAGCGGACCCUAUCAAGAGAAAAAGACCACUACGACUGAUUAUACUGCUUAUGGAAAAAAUCCUAAAGGAAAAAGCAGCUAGAGAAAGAGAGAGAAAGAAACGCUUUCAUUCCCGACCAUCUACUUCUGGAAGUCCGGACUCCAGAUAUGGGAACAUCUUGACCAGAACUUUCCGGAGUAGAAGGAAACGCCCAGUCAAAGCUUCAACUGUCAAAUUGGAAGAUUUAACAACGUUCGAGCGACUUGAUAUUGAAUUCGAUCUGAAACCAUUGACUCUUCCUCAACUUGAGCCUUAUAUGGACGAGCCUGGGACAAAUCCAAAGGAUGGUAGAUGGCAUAAAUUCUGUCUGGAGGAACGGGACGACAGGGAAUACGACGUCAAUGACUAUAAGUUCAAUCCAGAAUCGCUACGACUGAAUGUGUGGACAGGGCAAUCAGGCCCUGGUGUCCUUGUAAUCGAAGAGAUCAAGAGGAAAACAGGCCCUUACUCUUCCCAGAUAUCCCAGGCAGUUUACGAAAAGGAUUUUGACCCCAGCACCCUGAAUUACAUAUACUUUGUGGAUGUUCAGAAUGAGGAUACGCUGGAAUUUGUGAAAGAUCAGCUGUAUACCCCUUCAAAUGGAGUUGUGGAGCAAGAUGAUGAAAUUACCGAGAGAUACGAGUGGGAAUACGGAAGCCCAGAAUUUGACGGACUGCUCGGAACAAAAUUCGGAAAUCAUGUGGUAUAUUUGCUUAUGGGGGCUUUCAAACGGGGAACUCGGCGAAUUCAACGGAUCAGGACGUGGUUUGCAUUCCAGGAACUCCAGAUGCAAUUCAUCCUUGAGAACAUUAGUGAUCACUCCACUGACCAGGCAGAGCCGGUGAAGCACUUGGCAACGGCGUCCAAGUCAGGUUCUCAAAGCGGUCCUCCUACCAAGGAAUCUCAUCCUACCCAGGGUCCAAAACGCCCAAAGAGAAGGUUUUCCGAGUCUGGCGACGAAGAAGCCCCCCGUCCAAAGAAACUGCGGCGUCAUAGUUGUUGA